CAGCGUUUCGUAGAUGAUGGAAAUCGGAGAAGGGGGAAAUCCCGAAAAUUAACGCGACAAACAUCUGUCUGAGAGAAACUCUGGCAUGUGCAUCCAUAUGUGAUCUGAAACUAAGACUGAAGGUACAUCAGGCUACGUUAUAUUUAUAACAACACCCCAAUGUCCCCUAGCCAAUAUGAUGGACACUGGAGGGAAAGAAAAUGCUGACACAGAUGCUUCAAGAUGUCUAAAUGGCAGCUUCUCUCAACCUCAUUCUGAGCAGGAGGUGGUGGAGGAGGAGGAGGAGGCGGCGAUGUCAUCGCUGGAAGAUUGCUUCAGACAUCUAGCUCAAGAAGCCAGGGAAUUAUACCUGUCGCCGGAGGUACCGCGUUUGUCACAUCCGCCGACACCCUUAGAAUUCUACCGUGAUUAUGUGACGCCCAACAGACCUGUCAUCAUAGAGAAUGCAUUUAAUGAUUUCCCUGCCCUGGCUAAGUGGUCAAUACCAUAUUUCAGAGAGCGCCUUCAGCACAAGAUCCUCACGGUUGCUGUCACGCCCAAUGGCUAUGCUGAUGCUGUUUGUGGAGAUCACUUUGUCCUACCGGAGGAGAGAGAAAUGACGUUCUCAUCGUUUCUAGACAUCAUGGAGGGCAACUCAGAGCAGAAAGGUGUCUAUUAUGUUCAGAAGCAGAACUCCAAUUUGACCCUUGACCUCAAAGAACUUGUGGAAGAUAUCAGAGAGGAUAUACCGUGGGCAUCGGAAGCAUUUGGACACAAGCCAGAUGCUGUGAACUUUUGGAUGGGUGGACGUGAGGCAGUAACUUCAAUGCACAAGGACCAUUAUGAAAACCUGUACUGCGUGAUCCAGGGUGCAAAGAAGUUCAUCUUGCAUCCGCCUACCGAUAGACCAUUCAUACCAUAUGGAAGCUAUUCCCAAGCAGCUUAUAAGGAGGUCGACGGUGAAUUCCAGAUAGUCCCUGACCCCGAAGGUCACACCGUUCCAUGGAUCGCCAUUGACCCUUUGAACCCUGACCUUAAUAGAUAUCCCAAGUAUGGUGAGGUAGAUCAGAUCAGGUGCACUGUUCAUCCUGGCGAGAUGCUGUACCUUCCAUCACUAUGGUUCCAUCAUGUUAGUCAGGAGGAUCAAACCGUAGCAGUCAACUACUGGUAUGACAUGGAAUAUGACAUCAAAUACAACUACUUCUCAGCUCUUGAAAAAAUGGUCAACUGCAAAUCAACAAUAGGAAAGAGAUGACAGCAAAUCAAUCACAUUUGUAAAAUAUAAUAACGACAUCAGUUGUUUUUAAUAGCACACAUUAAUUGGUACCGGUAGUUAUUACUGGCUCACAAACAUUUCAAGGAAUACAUGCAUGUCCUACCAUUUAUCCCAACCUGGUUAAGAGGGAUUCUGCAGAUAUAUUGCUGUGUCUACAGUCUACAUCAAUCAAACUAAAAUAGUCUAAAACUAGUGAAAAAUUAAAAAACUAGUGAAAAAACAGCAGAGAUAUUGUUUAUUUUUAAUACAUUUUUCAACUCUGAAAAUAUUUUUCGUCUAUUUUUGCUCCUGAGUUAAUGUAUGUUUAUGUCUAUUUUAUUUUUCCAUAAGAAAAUAGAAGAAAAAAUUUGUCUAAUUUUCUAGGAAAUACCCUAAAAAUAUUGAGAAAAUAUCCCCCAAAUAUAUAGUUUUUGCAUGUGAAAAACGAGAGAUACACAGGGAUUUAACCCCUCGGGCUCAUUAAAAUCAAGGAAAGGACAACUAUGCCACAGUGCUUCAACGGUUGUUGAAAUGUUAGACAUGUGUGCGUAAACAGAAAAUCUGGUUAAACCAAAAACUAUGAAAUUGAAUGCAUCAGAUUCUCAUUCUUUCCACCAUCCUUUUUUUAUAGAUAUGAAAACUUUCAAUUAAACAAUUUAAAAACUAAAUGACACAUCUUGAUCUUGUCAUUAUUUAAUAAAACAUCUAGAGGAAUUCUUAAAUAAGUACCACUUUCCUAUUUUCUUUCUCUACUUUACUGUGUAAUUUUUGUUAUAUUAACCCAAUUUGUGUACAUAAUACAAUGUUAAAGUAGCACUUAAAUUAUUUGUGCAAUAAAUGAUGAAUGUUUACCACAAA